CUGCGAGUGGCGAUGGGCAAUGUGCAUCGUUGUAGUCGUCGCUGUCGUUCGUCAAUCGUGGGUCGUCGGUCGCGACUCGCAAUAAUAUUAUUCGGUAUUCCUCCGCCGCCGGCCCGUUCAUUUUUCCCGCGUCGGCCGUUGUGCUCUGUUCUCCGCUCCGGUGUGCGCGUCUCUGGUCGGCAUUCUGCACCCUUUAAAAUAUACUGUCGAUCGUGACCGCCGUCAGAGGAUUAAUCAAGUGGUACAAUGGCUGAUUCUGAAGUAGAUAAAAAAUCAAGUUUAACUGAAGAUGAUCAAUUGCCAUGUUCAACAAGCUCACUAAGUCCUGUUAAUAAUAUAGAACAUAUGGAAGGUGUGGAACAUGAAUCUCCUGUACAACAGAAUAUAGAAGGUGUGGAACAUAAGUCUUCUACUCCUAGUAAUGAAAAAAAAAAAGAUUUUGAAAUUGGUGAUAUUGUUUGGGCUAAAAUUGGAAGACAUCCAUUUUGGCCCAGCAUGGUCUGUAUUGAUCCGGAAACCAAUGUGUACAUUAAAGGAUCACUUGAAAAUAAAAAACAAUUUUCAUUACACGUACGAUUUUGUAAUGAUCAUGGCAGAAGAAGUUGGGCCAAAACCGUAGAAAUGUAUUCUGGAAAAGAAGAGUUUCUUUCAAAAUAUCCCAAUGGUUUAGCGUUCAUAAAAAAUAGUAAGAAGCAAAUGGAAGUGUGGGAUGCAGCAGUGAAAGAAGCUGAUAAUUGGAUGAAAGUAAAUAAUAGAGAUGAAAGAAUGGUCAGAUUUUCAAGAAGAAACGGUUUGACUCGUUCCAAAAUAAGUGGUUUGGGUCCCAAAACUACAAAUACUUUCAAAACUCCAAAUGCUCCAACUCCAUCUAAAUCUGCUGAUAUUGCUUAUACACCUCAAGAAUUUUUAGAUAUGCAAAAGGCUCUUAGAACAUCAUGUCAACCAAGUACUAGUGGUUCUCAGGGGAUUAAAUGUGAGGCUAGUACUAGUGGUUCUAAUAUGCGUUCAUGUUAUGUCCAGUUAAAAGAUAUAAAAAAAAAAACUACGAGAAAACCUAAAGUAGAAGAAGAUGAGGACAAAGCUGUACCACUACCAAAAGUUGAACUACCUAUACCUGAACUAGCAAAACCAAAACCUGCCAAAAGAAAAUAUGUUGAUGUAAAAAAAAAAGAGUUAAGGGAAGCUUUAAAGAAAAAAAAGGCCAAGAGAGCAUUGCAAGUUAAAAAAUAUGGUUUCUCUUAUUCAUCAUCCGAAUAUGAAAGUACUGAUGAUGAAGCUGUACCAUUAGUACCUUUUAAUCCAAAUCGGAAGGUGUUGGAAUCAAUUAAAUAUGCAGUAGCGAAUUUAGAAUCUGAAGGAAUGCAAAGACAAAGGGAAAAAAGAAUUUUGAUUAAAGCUAUAAGGCUUGCUGAAAGAAGAAAAUCUAAGAAAAAUAAAGAGGAAGAGGAAGAGGAAGAACAAGAACAAUAACAAUAUUUUUUAAGUUUGUAAAGAAUAAUCAUAUUUGGUUAUAUUAAUAUAAUACAACUGUACAUAAAAGCAAAGAAAGAAUUAAAGGAAAACAUUAAUUUUUUUUUUUUUUAUUUUUAAGAGAAAUAAAAUACUAUUAAGUUUUACGGACAGUCAAUUUACUAUGUACAAUUAAAGGUGCUGCCUAAUAAAAAAAUAAACCUGUAGCCUAUAACCAAGCUUCUAUUAACUAUAUUUAUUUAAAACUGAAACAAAUAGUAAUAAUUUGAAUUUUACAAAAAUGUUAAUUAUACAUAUUAUAAUUUUUUUUACACAUUUAAAGAAUAAAUGAUUUUUUUACAGUAAUAAUUAAUUUAAGUUCUUAUUCAUUCUUGUUGUUUUGUAAAUAAGUUUAAUGAUUAUAAUAAAGGAAUAUAUCUCAUCUAGUA